GCACCGGCGCCGCCAGUGGCGCUGGCAGCACCAGCAAAGGCGCCGGAGCCAGAGCCCAUCGAUGAGGACCCGUCCGGAAUACUGGUCCCUGCGGGCAUGCAGUGCAAGCGCAAUGGGUGCACUGCGGUCUACGUAUCUGAGGACGAGUCGCACCAGGACGGGCAGUGUCAGUUCCACCCGGGCAACGCGCUGUUCCACGAGGGCAACAAGGGCUGGACGUGCUGCCGGCCUCGGGCCACCGAGUUUGACGAGUUCCUGCGCAUCAAGGGUUGCGCGCGCGGCCGCCACUUGUUUGUCGGCACGCGGCCUGACAAGAAGGCGCAGGCUGAGAAGUGCCGCCGUGACUACUACCAAAGUGGCACCAGUGUCAUUGUCUCUAUCUACGCCAAGAAGAUCGACCGCGAAGCGAGCUGGAUAAAGUUUGUACCUCGCGCACUGCAGGUACACUUGGUGUACGGCGAGGACAAGGUCUAUGAUGAUGAGAUUGAGCUCUACGACGAGAUCGACCCCACUGCAUCUUCGUUUGAGUUCUUGUCGACCAAGGCUGAGGUUACACUGGUCAAGGUUGCUCAGGCCCAGUGGCCUACUCUUGAGGGCGCUUCGGCGUAGUCUGAACCAACAAACUAUUUAAUUACAGCAGCAAACAUUAGGACUUUUAAGCAGCAUUCCAACAAUGGUCUCUUUUUUGCCGAGGUGCCUGCUGCAUUACACUAAUGUAAAUGGAAUUUGGAAUUUCCAGACAUUUAUAGCAAAAUUCUAGAUUUUUAAGCGGGGGGUUUUCAAAACCCGUUUCCCUAGUUUUUAG